UCCAGAGACUCCGGCCACUGCUCGGCUUUCCCGGCGAGAGCAGGUCGUCGUGGGUGGCUGGAGUGCCGGAACAUUCCCGAGAAUCUGUCACCGAGGUCGUGCGAUCGGCCAUCGGACGGUGGAGUGUGGGAGACCACCUUCUCUUUUGAAUUUGGACUCUCGACGACGCUCCGACGCGAGCCACUUGCUGGAGGGCUGUUGGAGUAGGGACCCCCCGCGCCCGGCGCCCUGUGCCUUGUGUAGACUGUCAGCUCAGCAGAUCGAUUGUCGAGUUAGUUGUCUCUGUGCGAGCUCCGCAGGCGUUGGGACAGAGCAGACGGCCAGGUGAGUUCUUCCUAUGCUGGAUUCUUCUUGUAAAAUCGAAGCAUCGAGGUCCGUGAAGCUUUAUUAGUCUUUCGAUUUCGAUCUCGGAAGGAAGGUCGCGAUUGCUGCGUUUAAUUUAAGGUUUCGUUCUCCGCGCCGAGAAAAGAAUCCUUCACUUCCUUGUUUACAGCGAGCGUUCUAAGCACCUUAGUCAGUCAAGAUGGUACAGAACAGCAUAAAGUUGAGCAGCGGGUAUGAAAUGCCCGUUGUUGGUAUGGGAGUAUGGCGCGCCGGGUCGAGCGUCCAAAAUUUAGUAGUGGAGGCCGUGAAACUGGGAUACCGUCAUUUUGACUGUGCCGCUGAUUAUAAAAACGAGAAGGAGGUUGGAGCGGGGCUUGCCGAAGCGAUCCGCAAGGGUAUGGUGAAACGUGAAGACUUAUUCAUCACCACCAAGCUCUGGAACUCCGAUCACAAGCAUGUCCGAGCUGCUUGUGAAGACAGCCUGAAGAAUCUGCAGUUAGAGUACCUAGACCUGUACUUGAUUCACUUCCCUGUAGCGAUCCGUCAUACUGGUGUGGGAAAGACCGACAGCCCAACCGGAGAAGAUGGUGUGUUAGACAUUGAUGUCACCGUUUCUCUAGAAACAGUAUGGCACCAUAUGGAGGAACUAGUUGAUGCAGGUCUUGUGCGCAGUAUUGGUAUCAGCAAUUACGACAUUUUUUUGACAAGAGACUGCUUGGCUUACUCUAAGAUCAAGCCUGCAGUUAACCAGAUUGAAACUCACCCUUACUUCCAAAGAGGCGACCUCGUGAAGUUUUGCCGGAAGCACGGCAUUGCAGUCACUGCUCAUACCCCUCUUGGUGGUGGUUCUGCAAACACUGAGUGGUUCAACUCUGUUUCAGCCAUCGACGAUCCCGUUUUGAAAGAAAUUGGCGCCAAGUACGGAAAGAGCCCUGCUCAAGUAGCUCUCAGAUGGGGACUGCAGCGCAAUACAAUUGUCAUCCCAAAGUCAAGUAAGGUAGAAAGGUUGAAGGAAAACCUUAACAUCUUUGACUUUGAACUGGAGGGCGAAGACAUGCAAGACAUCAGGCAGCUUGAGAAGAAAGCAAGAACCAACAACCCCAAGAAUUUCUGGGGAAUUGACUUGUACGCUUAAAGUUAGACAACAGGCGAUUGUGCGUCUUUUGCUAGGAAGAUUUUGUAGAAGCUAAGAGUCUGUUGGUGUUCAAUGACCUGAAGAAUCGUUAGGUGAAUUCGGAAAAUAUAUUUAUAAAUACGUCACUGGUUGCCAGUUCACGGCCUUUGGCUACCUGUACAUGUACAUGUCCUCUAAUGUACAUAUUUUUCAGCUCGC